GUCGAUCACGAGUGGCUCAACAGCUAGAUCUAUAGAUAAACUCAUCUUUCAGAAAUUUGACCGACCGGGUUGACACUUCAGCGUGAGAAAUCGGGAGUGUGGCGUGUGAGCGUGUGAAACCAGUCAAAUGCGUGUGUCUCACGGCCAAUGCGUGAGAGUUGGCAGCCCUGUUGUUGCACUACUCUACCAAACAGCCCACUACUCACAGCUUGGCAUCAGUGCAGUUCCUCCAGUUCACAGCUGUACUGAAACGGAGCAGAGCUGGCAUAAACCUAGAACAAUGGGAGUCAAGCCAGGUCCUGUCAAUAAAAUGGUGGUUCUGUCUGCAAGACCCAAAGAGAGGAAGCUUGCUGAGGGUUUAAGGAGUACCCUUUACAAGGGUGUCACCAGUGAGCUGCCUGACCUCUCAGUCCUCCAAGUAGCAGAGGCAUAUAAGGACUACGCCAGUGCUGUAGCUCCUCCAGUCACCACUAUCAGGAUGUCACAUGAGGAUUCUUUGGUGGAUUCUGCCUUUGGUAAAGUUCAGUAUGGAAGUGUGCUGUCAUACCAGCAGCCAGCUGCAACAACAUGCAACAUUACUCACCAUCAAGAUGCCCCACCACCGCCACCUCUGCCACUAGUUGGUUACAGCCUUGACACAUCUGUUUGCUUGUUUGUCCAUAGCAAACAUGGACAACCACACAUGACGUCACUGGCAGUAACCUUAGAUAUGGCUCACAAAAUAGAGCAUGCCACCAAAGAACAGAGUGCAUCACAUGCUUGGCACUCGGUCCGAAAACCCCGGGUAACAGCGUCACGUUUUAGGGAGGUUUGUCAUGUGCGUGGACAGAGCUCGGCUGAACACCUGGCUGAAAGAAUCUACAAAGAAACUCGCCAGACAGCAGAUAUGAAGAGAGGGCUUGAAAUGGAAUCUGCUGCAAUUGAGGAAUACUGCCUGCUGCGAGAGGUGAACUACCACACUUGUGGGUUCUUAAUUCACCCCGAUGCACCUUGGCUGGGGGCCUCUCCUGAUGGGAUUAUUUUUGACCCUAAAGAGCACCAUGUUUUUGGACUUUUGGAGAUAAAAUGUCCCAAUGUCAAAAGUUACGUGGACUGUCCUUACCUUAAAUUUCACAAUGGCACACCAGAACUGAAACAGCAUGCAUACUUUUGGCAAGUUCAAGAACAAAUGCUGAUCUCAGGAUUGGACUGGUGUGAUUUUGUCGUUUAUGCACAGGAUGACAUGAUGAUCCAGCGCAUAUACAAAGACACCAGAAUGUUUCAGAUCAUUCGAGAGAAAGCUGACCAUUUCUUUCUUUACUUUUACCUGCCAAGAUACCUACAGAUGUAAAAAAGACAAAUAAUCAUUUAACAUUGUAUCAAAGUUUUUUUUAUUUACUCAACAUCACUGUACAUAAUGUUAAAGACUGUAACAAAGUUAUUUAUAUUUACAUG